UACGGAACCUCUCAGUUGCAGUGUGGAGGGAUUUGACGGUGGGACACUUCUGUACAUGGACCAUCACUGCAAUCCUCCUGCGAGCACACACACGCAUGUAAUGCCUCGGUGAAAUUUGGACGUACACCGUGGAGAAAACACGCAUGUGAAUAUUUUAUUUUUGCAUGUCAGGAGAGGAGGAACUAGUCGUCGGGUCCGCGGCUGUUUGUCAUUUCAUAUCGCUUAUUUUCUUUUCAUGUCACUCUAAUUAAUCGGAGGCAUGUGGAAUCGCACAAGGAUUAGGAAUUGCUUCCCAAUAGUGUGCCUGCUAUUGACGUUAUGGACGGAGGUGUCCCAGUCAACCGGCUAUUUCGAGCUGCAGCUGAUCUCCGUGGAGAAUGUAAACGGCGAGUUGGCGGACGGGGAGUGCUGCGACGGUUACAGGAGCUCUGUAGACCUGCGCUGCACCCAAGACGAGUGUGACACUUACUUCAAGAUCUGCCUGAAGGAGUACCAGAUGGAGGUCACCACCACCAGCACGUGCACGUUCGGAGCUGGAUCUACGCAAGUUCUCGGUGGAAAUAUGUUUUCUUUUAAGGGAGCGAAGAAUAAUCCGAAUAAGAUCGACGAAGGAGGCAAGAUUUUGAUCCCUUUCCAGUUCGCCUGGCCGCGGACGUACACGGUGAUCGUAGCAGCCUGGGACUGGGACAACAGCACACGCAACAUUGAUGAGGAGCUGCUGAUCGAGCGCAGCAUCCACACCGGUAUGAUCAACCCCGGAGACCCCUGGCAGACCAUCCUGCACGACGGACCCGUGGCUCGCAUCGUCUACCGCAUCCGAUUGCGCUGCGACGAAAACUACUACAGCAACAAGUGCAACAAGCUGUGUGUUCCUCGGGACGACUACUUUGGACACUACCGCUGCGAGCCGUCGGGAGCCCAGCUGUGCCUCGGCGGCUGGAUGGGCUCAGACUGCAGGACAGCAAUCUGCAAGCAAGGCUGCGACCUGUUACAUGGCAGCUGCUCCGCCCCAGGGGAAUGCAAGUGUAACUACGGCUGGCAGGGGCAGUUCUGUGAUGAAUGUAUGCUGUUCCCGGGGUGCGUUCACGGGACCUGCAACGUCCCGUGGCAGUGCAAAUGUGAGAGGAACUGGGGCGGCCUGCUGUGCGAUAAAGGUAUGGAAAAAAUAAAAAACUACUUCCUGCCGCCCAUUCCCAAGCCGCGAAUCAUCGGCAUCGACCCGCUGCUCCUGAAGAGUCAAUAG